AUGUCGUCCGCAGUAGCGGAGCUGGACUCGAUCCUGCAGUCCAUGCUCAACCUCAAGCCACCAGGAGUUUCAGGCUCAAAGAUCACUGCCAUCACCACACUUUGUACAUCAAACAUCCAAUCCGAAUCAGUCCUUAUUCAAAAGAUCUAUACCCAUUUCAAGAAGACACCAGGAACACACAAAUUGGGGGUUCUCUACGUGAUAGAUUCAGUGACGAGACAAUGGGUAGAUCAAGCCAGAAAAUCAGGUCAACAGCUGGGUAGCGGAGCUCCUGAUGGAACCUUUGCCGCUGGUGUGACUCGAGUGACUGAAUUGCUGCCCGUACUCAUGAACGACAUUAUUGCUACCGCUCCAGAAGACCAGAAGGUCAAAAUCAGAAAGCUUUUAGAAAUUUGGGAGCGGUCGAACACGUUUCCAACUCCCUUGCUUGCUUCACUCAAAGAAAAGCUUGAUGCGCCUAAAGGUAUAUUCAAAAUUCUAUCUCUCUCGCACCCGAAACGGAUCAAACCUAACUGUAACGCAGUCUCAACCACACCUGAAGGAUCACCGGCACCCGGUUUCGUGCCACUUGGUCAGUCGAUUACCACUGACAAUAUGGCAGCAAAACCUCCCCAGCAGCAGGACACGUCAGCUAUCCUGGAAGCGCUCAAGAAUAUGGCAAAGCAGAACACUACCGCGCCACCAGCCAUUCCAGCACCCGCCCAAACUAGUUUGAAUAAUCUGUUAGGCGCGCAGAAUGGGAUCCCUCUGACGAACAGUACCGUAAACCCCGGCCUUGCUCCCGUCGCCGCCAAUGGGUCGGCUGUAAACCAGCUUGGAGCUCUGUUCGCUGGAUUGAGUAAUGGUGCGCAAAGUCAAAGUCCUGCAAAUGUACCUGCAAAUCCACUUGCUGCGUUUCUUCCGCAACAAGCUCCUGCUCCCACGGUGCCACAAAACCCUGCUCCUCUAGGCCAAGAUACUCAGGCUCAAGCACAAGUUCAACUGCAACUCUUGCAGCUGUUGGCUAGUCAAGGUGUUCCUCCAGACCAAUGGGCGACCGCUCUACAAUUGUUGAACAUGCAGGCCGCAGGAGGCGGUGGUGCUGGUAGUGGUGGUGGCGCUGCGAGUGCCAGUGGCCUUCCGUUUCCGCCUCCUGUACCAGCAAGCAAUUGGGCAGGCCAGGUUCAAGCAACUGGGUCGUCACGUGAUGCUCAAACCCGUUCCCCUCCUGGUCAAUAUCGACGUCGCUCACGCUCUCCUGGCUAUGAUAGACGCCGAGAUAUGUCUCCAAGACGUCGCCGAGAUAGUCCGGGGGCUGAUGGAUAUCGUAAUGAUCGCGAUGGCAGGCGAGCUGAUUACCGUCAGCGCAGCCCAAUGGGUAGAAGACGCCGAAGCACCACACCGCCCAGUGACUACAAGCUUCCACCACCAGGCCCCAAGAACGUACAAUGGGAUCCGACUCUGCCCAAAGGUCACAUCAAAGUCUUCAGUCGGACACUCUUCGUGGGUGGAGUCACCUCGUCCGAAGCACACUUGAGGGGCCUGUUCAGUAAAUUCGGGGUGGUUCAGACCUGCAUUGUCAAUAUCGAUAAACGCCAUGCUUUCAUCAAAAUGAUUAAUCGCCGCGAUGCCGAAAGUGCCCGUGAUGGAAUGGAAGAGUACAAGGUGGGCGACAUGCAACUCCGCACCAAAUGGGGAGUGGGAUUUGGACCACGUGACUGCAGUGACUAUCAAACCGGAAUUAGUAUCAUUCCGAUUGAACGCCUCACGGAUGCAGACCGCAAGUGGCUGCUCACCGCCGAAUACGGGGGCACUGGCGGUGCGCCGAUCCAAGAAGGUAUGGUCGUGGAAGAGCCUGACAUUGAAAUAGGUGCAGGGGUUUCCUCCAAAGCCAUGAGUCGACGUAUUGCUACUGAUCAGGGCGGACGACGCGGGCCUCAAUCUUCUCGCCAGCAUCCGGGACGUGACGACAACAGAUACAGAGACAAUGAUCGCCGCAUGGACCGGGAUGAUCGCCAAGGCGCAGGCAACCCCAAUAACAUUGGUGUUAUGCCGUCAAUGCCUUUCCCUAUGAAUUUUGGCAACAUGUCCAACGGAAUGCCCGGCUUCCCGCCUGGAUUCCAGAUGUCCGCAUUCCAACCGCAAGGCAAGCAGGACUAA